AUAUUUUUUUUCGCGAGUGUAUCGGUCGUCGCGUUCUUCUUUUCGAUUGAUAUUUUCAGCGAAGUUAUUAAGAGAUACGGUAAUAUAUCGCGUUAAAUAAACGUAAGAAAAUAUAUCGCAGGUGCAUAUAAUCGAUCGUUUUUCGCUAGUUCCGAGAUUGCACGUAAAAUAGUGUUCGAUAUAUCAUAAUUAAAUUCCUCCACGAGUGUGUCGGUUGUCGCAUAUAUUUCUCUUCGGUAUUUCCUUUUUUUGUUACAUAAAUAUAUCGCGAGAAGCACAAUCGGUUAACCGCGAUCGCGAGGAAAAUUGUAUCCGGCAUAUUAUCGUUAGAUUCAUUCGCGCGAGUGUGUCGGUCGUCUUUUUUGCUAUAUUUCUGACAGAAUUAGAGAAGAUACAUAGUGCAUAGUCCUUCCCAAUCGCGUGGGAAAAUUUGUCCGCCAUAUUGAAGGUAAUUCGCGCGCGAGUGCGUCACGUGUUUGUCCUCGUGCUUUCAACGAAUCUGUCAGAAAGUACGUCGGAGGGCGCGAUCGGCAAUCUACUGUUUUCGAUCACGUUUGGUAUUGCGUCACGUCAGCCAUAUUGAAAUUGGAUUCGCGUGCGAAUGUGUCGGUGGUCGAGUUUUAUCGAUAUUUUUCUUGAUAUUUUCAUCGUUGUCAUAAUAUAUCGCGGGGAUACAAUCGUUUUCCGCUAGUCCCAAUCGCGCGUGAAAUUGUGUCCGUCAUUUUAUAAUCAGAUUCGUGCGGGAGUGAUUGUGUUGGUCGUCGCAUAUUUCUCUCUUUGGAUUUCAAGGAGCUUUUCUGCAAAAUCGAGAAACGAAGUCAGCAAUUUCUACUACAUUUGCUAUAUAACAGGUCACGUACGUGAAAAGUCUUAAAGACUUUUAGUCAAUCGUCAAUCUUUGACUGGAAAGGACCUACGUGAAGAUCGAAAUUAUUAUGAAGAGCAUCCCGUGUUAUGAACAACGAGAAAGCCGCCAAGCUGGCGAGUCUAACGAGCUGCGUGUCGACGAUGAUGGACGACGAGGAACAGGAAGAACUCCGCUGCACCGGCAGCGACGUCGAGAUCGAGGAGUACACCGACACCGAGGAGUCGCCAUAUGUCGCUUAUCAGGCCGGUGGCGAUAAACUGUUCGAUACCGAUCGCGAAAACUGGCAGAAGUUUCGCUUCCUAGCCACCCUCAUGUCCGUCGCGAUAUCAGUUACCGUCCUCGUUAUCACGUAUCCGCUUUAUCUCGAAAGCGUUGCCGUUGUCUCCAGCGCUUACACAGGACUCCUUUUCACUGCCCUGUGUUCCGCCUGCAUUUUGGGGAUGGUGUACUUUAUCGUGGACAAAGUGUCGCCGCCGCCGCCGCUGAUACCGAACAGUAUGCGAGUCAGGAUACCCCGCUGCGGCCUGAUCAAAAUAAGCACUCUAUAUGCUCUCUCGGGCAUCCUAGUCACCCUAUCCCUCGACCAGAACAGAGUAUUGUGCCACUUACAGGACCCAAUAAAGGGCAUUACUCUCGUCUUUUCCCUCGUCUAUUACUUCUUCUUUUGUCGGAAAAUGAUGAGCCUGCAGCGAAUAUUCUCGAGCACGACCAUAAUAGUGGGUCUAUUUAUAAGCGUCGAUUAUGGUCUCUGCGAUGAGUUUCGUUGUCGUGGACGGGAAGUUUCCUCGCAUUCGACUGCAACUGGUAGAGGAUCCUGGGGCAUCCGGGCAGUCUGGACGUUCGUUUACGUGGGCGCCCUCGCUAUCUUCGCCAUGUUUUACACCUUGCUUGAGCGACAUUACACCACCGGGCAAAACGUGUGUCAAAUGUUGACGACACAGCACAACUCGUUCUUGUACACGGUGUCUCGUCUGGUGUCCUCUCGCGAUAUUCGUCGUCGUGGCUCGGAGGAGGAGGGUGGUCGGCUGCUACACGUAACCGAUCCAGAUCCCACGAUAAAACCAAAAAGUUACCCCAAGCCACCAGUGAUGCAAACUCUCUUUUACAUACAUGUCAUCGCUUUUUUUGCCAUUUUGACGUUCUGCUGGCUCGACACUUUGCCCGGCAUCGGUAGGGGUUUAUCGCCCGUAAAGUUGUACCAUACCAUCGAGCAGGGACUGAUAUGCCAUUUUAAAGGCGGCAAACUAUGCUCGAACGUAUCUAGUCACGGAUGGACUUUUCUAUUUGCUUACAUCGUCUUCUCGAUCUCGAUGCUCAACUUCUUGUCUUUGUGCGAAAGUGCAGUGUUUAGCGUGGCCACCGCGACUGUGUCGCUUCCAUUGUCUGGUAUCUGGUGGAGUAUUUACAGGAUGAAUGUCGACAUACAUGGAGGUUUCAUCUCCUGGUCGCCAGGAGUGACGGGUGAGCUGAUCUGCGCCUUGCUCGGUCUUCCCGUUGUGCUACUGGGUCUCGGUUUGCUCGUCCGAUCACACUUCAGAGACACUCAGCUUCCUUACCAGACCAUUCAACCGCCCGAUAUUCAGCCGCAUGAGCCUUGUCAUAGAUGAAUCUGUUUGUAUCAUUUGGUAUGGCCGUGCCACCAGAUCCAUACUAACGGUGAUCCAUACAAAUGAAUUCUGAUUGAUUCGAUAGAAUGAUGAAAUAAAUCGUUCCUUCACGUCAAAUCGAUCAGAACGAACGACGUAAAUGAGAUAAAGUUCAUCGAGUCGGAAUAAUAAUGUUAUUGUUGUAUACUUGACAGAUAUAUUUUGUCGACUGUUUUCAGAAUACAUCCGAUGUUCUUCCUUCAAUCGCGAGAUCACGAAGGUAAAAUCUCGACUCGCAUUUACAUUUUGCCAAUUUGCAUACAAGAUUACAAAUUUUACCAAUGUCAGUUAUCUUUGAUUGUAAUUAACUAAUUUUCUUUUUUUUAGAAAUAGGAUCAGAAGAAAAAUAAAACAAAAGAAAAAUAUUAAAUUUUCUAUUAUAGAUAUCUAUUACUAAAUCAAUAUAUCAUAUAUUUUAUUUAUUUAAAUUGUAAUCAUUGUUACACAUACAUUGUGUGUGUAAAUUAAUCGCCGAUAUUUAAUUAAGAUUGAAAUCAACGUGGCAAGAAUGAUGUAAAAAUUAACAAUAAUUGAACUGACAUUGGUGAAAAAUGGCCGAAGAUUUUUGAACGGCUAUAUUGUGUUAAAUGCAAUUUAUACGCUCGCGUGUCCGCAAAAUUCAUUUUUUCAAAUGUGGAGAAAUAAGAUUGCGGCGAGCGCGCGUUUUUGUGAUAAGGAAUAGCACCCAUAUAACUUCCCUUUUCGUAAAAAAAAAAUAAAUGCAUGGAAAAAGAAGGAGAGCGAUGAAUAUUUCUUAUGUAUUUGCCAAACGUAAACGCGCGCGCGCGUGAAACGUUAUAGCGAUUUAUAUUUUAUUUUGAUAUAAGAGAUGUUUUAUAUAUUUUUUUUGAAGAAUUUCAAACUACACGUGUAUUGAAAAUUGGGUGUAGAAAUAUAAGCGGAAAGUACUUUUUAGCUGCGAAUCUGUGUGCACAGGAGCUCCUUUAGCUAAGAAUAUUGCACUCUUAUUUAGUUUCCGAUCUCGAACAUGUUCAUUAUUGGGAAAAAAAAUCUAGAAGAUAUGAUAUAUUUUUAAUUAUUUGUCUAGUCAUUACGAGCGUUUCUUCUUCGUUAUUUAAAACACAUGUUUUUUUAGAAUAUGUAACUUUCAGACGAGACAUUGAGAAAGAGAAAAUCGAAUUGAUAUAAAUCUAUUACAGUUUGUCGUUAUAAAUUGGAGAAGUUUAUUGAGCUGAAUUUGAAAUGACACGUUGGCAGUCAUAAGUCAAUUUAGAUAAUCUUUGUUAAAUUAUCUGCAAAAGUUUAUUAGACGUAGUAUUGAAUAAAUGUUAGAUAUAAAUGUUAUGAAAAUAGAAAGUAGAGAUUUUCUCGAUAAAGUAGAAUUAUUGAAAAUUGAAUCGUCGACAGUUUAAAUUUUCCGAUGAUUCACGAUUAUGUGUUUUAUAUUUAAUUGAGCCAGUUUCCUGCAACAUUUGCAGUUCCUGUGCGCGCGGAUUGUAUGCGAUAGAGCGUAGUAUAUGUCGCUUAAACUUACAAAAAGAUAGUACUAUAUCUACUGCACAAAUUUGCAGCCUCCACUUCAGCGUAUCUCCUCUACAGUGGGGGGAGAAUACCAAAGUGGUAAGCGCGCGAGCGAGAUACGCGUGCGUAUGUGUGUGAUAUUAUCUCUCCACGACGUUCCACUAAUGCGAUAGAUAUUAUUCUAUCGCAAACUUUAGCGCACAAACUGUUACGAACUAGUACAUCCUGACCGUGCGCAAAUAACGUUUGCCCUGUAAAACUUCAUCGCGGAUGAAAAGUUUCCAAAUCGCGUUAACCGCCCGUUUACGAUGCGCCGUUAACAAGAAUUCCCAACAAGGCAUGUCUUCCGUCUCGUCAAUCAGAGUGCCAAUUACGAUUAUACAUUCCUUCCUAGUUUUAUUUUUUUUUUAUUAUUUAUAUAUAUAUAUAUAUAUAUAUAUAUAUAUAUAUAAUAUACGCAAUUAAAAUUAUGUAUUUAUAUAUUACAUUUGAAAAUUUUCUAUUUUUGUUUGGAUUACUUUUAUUUUUGUGAGAUUCUUUAAUAUUUUAUUAUAAAUUUUCUGCCACUUUUAUAUUUUUUCUAGCUUUAUCUUUGAUAAACUGCUAUAAAUGUGUGUAGUUUUAUAUUGAGAUAUUUCUCUUGCAAGAUUUUUAUAAAUUCUAAAUAAUUCUUUAUAAUACAGAAAUAUUUUAUUUAUACAUUUUUAUGACUGUAAAAGUAAUUUGUAUUUUAUUAUUCUAUUUUAUCCUAUAUUAUUUUUACUUUAACAAGAACAAAAGCAAUCCAUAGAAAAUUCUUGUAACAUAACUACAUAAUUUUAAUUGUAUUUAUUAUAUAUGUACAAGCAUAUCUAUAAAAAAAGAUACAUAAGAUGUAUGAUUAAUUUUUUUUUUAAUUUCUUAAAAAUUCUUUUUUAACCUGCAUAUGUUUUUAUUGUUUUUUAAAGACCAUAUUUGUUGCUUGUCGCAAACUUAAAUUUAACUCUUUACUCUAUCUUUGUACUUAUCCUUUCCAAAAUGAAAUCAUUAAGUAAUCAAACGUUUCUGAAAGAACAAAAGGAAAAAUCAAAAGUUCAAAAGCGGCUCAGAGUGAUGAAUAGACGAAAAAAUGAUUAUUUGUGCCAAAAGUUACGAGUCUUGAAUGAUUCGACUUGAGCUAAAUGUAUUCAUGCGUUUGCAUAUAGUGGUUGCAUUACUAUUUUGAAAGAAUAAUGAUAAUAAUAACAGUAAUAACAAUACAUAUGUAAGUGUCGUUAUUAUACAUAUAUUUGUCGUAUGUCAAAAAUGACACGCGGCAUAGUUUGUUGGCAGCGAUUAAUGAAUUCAGGCUGUAAGUUAAUUAGACCGUAAGUCAGAGAGGGAAAUAUUAACUUUGUUGGAAAUAUGUCAAUAUCGUAUUCUAUAUAUAUAUAUUGGAGGGAAAACAGUUAUACGUCCACAUUUUUUACAAUAGCAGUAAUAGCGUUUUAAAAGAAAGUAAUUAACAGUUGACUGAGUGCAACGAUAAUAAAAUUAGAUGCGCCACUCUCUCCGUCUCUCAGUCUCAGUAGCUUCGCCUAUUAUAAAUCGACUACCAUUGAAUGUCGUAGUAAUAGUCUUCUUAACAAAGUUGAUUAUACUCUUGUUUAGCAUAAAAAUAACUAAACUGAUUGAAGUCUUUGGCGCAAGAAAAAAAGCAGCAAAUCCAUUUUACAUUUCUUGUUUUCUUUUCUAGAGCUUUUAACAUUUCUUUAUUUCAACAAAGAUCAAUAAAUAACUUUUUAUUUGCUAUUUUUUAAUUUUUAAUAUAUAUGGCUCUGCUUGAUAGUCUUCACAUUAUUUCUCAAGAUGUAGUUUUUUAUAAAAUUGGUAUUUAAUUCUUCUUUGUUGCGCCAGAGCUUUCAAUUUCAAACGUGUACAAUAACAAAUUUCUCCCCCAUAUACUUUCUACAUAUAUACAUAUAUGUUAUAUAAUAUUCUACAUAUUUGUUAACUCUUAUAUAUUCAAAUGCAUGUGCGGCAGUUAAUGUAAUAGAGAUUCGAUAAUUUAUUUAUAGACGCCAAUAUACGUCGCACUUAUAUAUAGCAUAAAAAAAGUCAAGAAUUCAGAUGAAGGAAUUGAAGUGCAAUUUAAAAUAUUGUUAAAUCGGUGUUUUUCCUUUGUCUUUAACUGAUUCCACUAACGAGAUCUUAAUGAAAUAAUAUUUAAUUUAUGGCGCAUUUCUCCCAUACAUAUAAUCAAGUAUCAAAAUGCAAUAAUUGAAACAUUAAUUUUCGUGUUACAAUUUCGUAUGGAGAUAUAUGUUUGAUCGAUUUUUGCAAUAAACAGCACUUUCAAUUUUGAGAUAUUUCAUUAUAAUGCAAAACUUUGCUGCGUCGUUUUCGCGUUUCUUUCAGAAUCUCGACGCUUUAUUGAAUAUUUAUUAUAUAUUGGGUGUCUUCCUAAUAACGUAUUGCGCAGAGUUCUAAUCGUCGCACUUUUAGAGAAAAUUAAUAUACGCGAUAAUCAUUGAGUAAUUAUUGAGAGUUUCUCGAAUAUGGAAACAAAUAUCAUAAGCAAUAGAUUAAUUAUUUCCAUAUAAUAAUUCCGUCGUCGGUUGUCAAUAUCCGCAAAAUCGCGGAAGCCACGUUACAUUAUUCGCGUACGACUGUUAUCGUUUUUUUGUGGUUUUGUCGAAGUAUACUUUUAGACGUAAUCGCGACAAUUGCGAUCCAGUCAAGAUGUUGUGAAUUGUGUCGAGAAUAAUAUACAUUAUUUAUUGGCCGAUAUUGCGCUUGCAGUUAGUUACGGAUAUCAGGUUGCAUCGUAUAAUUUUGCGUGAAAUUAUUUAGGAAUGAAAAAACACAAUUUCACUCAAAAUUAUGAUGCUGUCACGCAUCGUAGCCUUGAGCGUCCAGUCACAAAUAUGAUAUAUUAAAUGUAUUGAUAUAUAUACACAUCUAUAUAUAUAUAUAUAUAUAUAUAUAUAUAUA